CAACGCAGUAUGUGACCUGACACUGUCAGUCCGAGCUUGUAGUUAUUUUCAUUGACGAUCAUAGAUUUCGUAUUUGCCGAAGUAAAGUUCACUUCUCGUGUUAGCAAAGAGAGCUAGCUAUCAGCUAACCUAGCUGUUAGCACAGGAUUAGCCCCGCUCACAAUAGCAAACUAACGUUGGCUUACAUUAAAAAUUUGCUCUGCACUCCCCAACUAACCAGGUGUGCUCUUAACUAUCCAUGGUUGCACCUGACAUGCAUGAAUAGAUUUACUGUAAACGCCUACAGAGGUUUAAUGCCAGGGAACAAUAAUGGAGUGGUUGCUAUGUGCCUAGCUGAGUGGCUAACGUGACCUGAGUCGGUGGAACGUCAUACCAGAUUCCCUUCACAGCCUCGAAGAUUUAUGGUUGUGAUCAGGACUAAUGGAGACAACAGACGUUUGUGAGAUUGAUGUGGCGACCAGAAGAAUAGUGGGUGGUAGUGAUUCUCCGCCCGAACUGGACAGCCCGUGUCAGGAGGAGGUUGCAGAGUUUGCUUUGGGCUUGUGCUGCGCUGAAGAGGAGAGGGGGGAAACUCCAGGCCGAGAGGACAGUCCCAGUGACCUGGGAGAAGCAGAGCUUGAUCCUGGGGGAGACCCUAAGGCUGGAGAGGACAAGGCUUUUGGGAAGGAGGUUGUUCUGUUGAUGCAGGCCCUGAACUCCCUCGCCACUCCUGAAGAAAAACUGGCUGCUUUGUGCAAGAAAUAUGCAGACCUGUUGGAGGAGAGCCGCUGCAUGCAGAAGCGACUGAAAGCCCUGCAAAAGAAGCAGUCUCAGAUUGUGAAGGAGAAGAUCCACCUGCAGGGGGAGCAUAGCAAGGCCAUCCUGGCCCGCAGCAAGCUGGAGAGCCUCUGUAGGGAGCUGCAGAGGCACAACAAGACACUGAAGGAGGAGAAUGCCCAGCGGUCCAGGGAGUAUGAGGAGCAGCGGAAGGAGGCCAUGCUGCACUUCCAGAUGACCUUGAGUGAUAUUGAGGUGCAGAUGGAGCAGCACAGUUCCCACAACACCAAACUGAGGCAGGAAAACAUGGAGCUGGCCGAGAAGCUGAAAAAGCUCAUUGAGCAGUAUGAGCUCAGAGAGGAGCACAUAGACAAGGUGUUCAAGCACAAGGAGCUGCAGCAGCAGCUGAUGGACGCCAAGCUGCAGAGAAUCACAGAGAUGAUGAAAGAAGUCGAGGAGAAGCAGCAGAGGGAGAGAGACUUUCUGCUGAAGGAUGCCACAGAGUCCAGACGCAAGUGUGAGCUGAUGAAGGAGCAAGAAACACAGCUCAAACAACAACUCUCCCUCUACAUGGACAAGUUUGAGGAGUUUCAGAGCACUCUGGCUAAAAGCAACGAGGUCUUCACCACUUUCAGACAAGAGAUGGAAAAAAUGACAAAGAAGAUCAAGAAACUAGAGAAGGAAACAACACAGUGGAAGACCAAAUGGGAGAGUAACAACCAGGCCCUGCUGCAGAUGGCUGAGGAGAAAACUCUGCGUGAUGGCCACUUCAAGGCCCUGCAGGGGAAGCUGGAGCUGCUGGAGAGGCUGUGCAGAGCCCUGCAGAAGGAGAGAAACGACCUCAACAACCGACUCAGCCUCUUACAGGAGGAGGGAGACAAAGGGACCACAUCACCUCCCGAAGCCCAGAGACAGGAGCCUUCAGAGGAGGAGGUGGAGGGGGAGGAGGGGGAGGAGGGGGAGGAGGAAGAGGAAGAGGAAAAGGAAGAGGAAGAGGAAGAGGAAGAGGGGUCGGCACAGGGCGAUGGACAGGAGACAGAGGCCAUCCACCAAGCUCCCAGACCACCUGAACUGGACUCCUCAUCGGCUGCUACUCACACAACCACUACUGCUACAAUGACAACAAGUAACCAGCCUGCAGAAACACCAACCACACAGCAGGACUGAGCGAACCUACACUGUGUGUGUGUAUGGGUGAGAAGGGUGUGAUAGGAGGGCUCAGCACCUCCAGCCUAGUCCCAGAACUAGCCAGACAAACCAUCUUCAAUGGAGUUUUUAAGUCUAGACUUGCCUCUCCAGGUUUCUACACAGAAGCUGAACCCAUAUCUUUUUGUGUGAUAGUUUAAGAAGAAUAAAAUGACUGUAUCAAAGAGUAUAUUCUAAAAGUUUGCCCACGUUUACAUUGGUAAUAUAAUUGGCUUUGUGGCGAGCACGUCGUUCUCCAUUUUCUACCAUAACCGUAUUUUCAUAGGAAAUUUCCAUGUAGUCUAAUUGAAGCAGUUUAAAGCCAAAUAGGCCUUUUAUUCCUCUCUUCACAUGGUCCCUCCCUGUACUAUCACAUCUCAUUGGAAAUUCUAGUUUGAUUCAUUCAAAUGUGCACACAUCCCAUACAGUUAAUUUGCAUUAAUGAAGCCUUACUGUCAGAAUGUGGUCUGAAGAGAAAAGAUGUUAUUCUGUAUCGUGAUGUGGAUAAGUUCAUGUUGGUGUUUUAUUUUGGAGCUGAAAUGAAUCUGCAUGUCCUUAUAAAACAGCAGUUCAACAGGUCAGUAGGGCAGCAAUCUGCCAAGCUCAUAGUGUGUUAGUGUGUCCUCUGCUGGACCACAAGGUGAACUAGCUCAGACAGUCUCAUGUGCUUAGAGACUGUAAAUGAAUUGAAACAGGUUAUUACAGUUUGAAGUUUCUCCUACAUUCUAACAAAGGUUCAAAUUUCAAAUCCAAAGUGAUGCCUCCAGUCACUGAAUCAAGGACUCAACCGUACGUGCACAUUCAUUUUCUUGGACAUGAUUCAGUGUUUUGGAAAAAUCCCACUGUCCCUAAAAAUAGGAAAUUGAUACAUGAAACAAAUAAUACAGGUUUGUUAUUUUGUUGCUCGCUCGCAAUCCCCUGGAGAGAUGACCAAAAUGAAAAUACUCCGUGAACGUGCUAAACGUGUCACAUCACCCAGUUUACACUGCAUCUCUGCCAUUUUUUUUUUCUUUGAUGAAUCUUAAUUUCCACAUGAUCAGUCCAACAGGGUGACAGAGAAGAGACAAGGCAGGAGUUCUUCUUCAUUAACUGACAAAUUAUUUAAUGUAAAUUAUGUCAGAACAUUUUUAGUAAAUCAGAAUAACAGGCUUUGUCGUCUUUGAAACUUUAUACUGGAACAAAAUUGAGUGUGAUUUGUUUUUCUAAUGCGUUUGAAUAAAGAGAUGUUGAUUUCCACCAUUAAAGCAUUUUAAUAGGAGAUGUUACAGGAGCUGCAGUUUAUUGUUCAUGAGGAAAGUCAUGAGUGAGUGUAGAGUUCUGAUGCGGUGAAUGUAGGAUAUCUAUCAUUAGCAGGGUCAAAUCAAAUUCUGGUUCUUGUUUCAUAUUGUGGCAUUGUACUAAUGAAGCUAAUCAUCUCUGCAUUCUGUUUUGGGCCAUAAAGUCAUCAAAUCACAGUCAGUUCACACACUUUCAUCCUCUGCAUAUUUUUUUUUUUUUUUUUUGUGGUGGGGGUCGGGGAGACAACAUCCUCAAAUGUGGCCACUCCAUUACACAGGCAUCUUUCUUGUUUUCUCUCCUUUGAGAUAUCAUGUGGCAGGCAGUGUGAUGAAGGACCAUUCCCACAGCACUGUUCAACCUGUUCUUCCAGCUCACCAGCCUGUUCUGGAGUCAUCGCUCUCAGUCCUUUUUGAUCCGAGUAUAUUGUAUUGUCAGUGAGAAUCACAGGGGUGGUAGUGACAAAUCAUUUGUUCACAAACUACACAGACUGCUCGUUGCAAUGUGUUGUAAUGUCCUCUAAGACGCUGCCUUCUGACUGAUUUAAGGUGACCUCUCCUGGCCUUUCUAAAGUUUUCCUCCAUGCAUUAAUCUUCACAUUGUGUGGAUUUAAUGUGAUUUGAUGUGAACAUGUACAGGGUCAGGUGGUGUGUCUGUACCUUUCUGUAGGGUAGAGGAUGGGGGUGGGGGGUAUUUGAGCAUCUGUUUCCUCUUCCUUUGGCGUUGCCCCAGAUUGACUCUCAGGUAAUGUCAGAAUCUACCUCUGUAGGUGAGACUAACUGUGAAAGAAGAGGCAUGAGUCAACAUAGCUUCAGAGAGCUUUAUUUUUACUAGAAAAAAGCCCACACCCCCUUUGAUUGUACAAUGUUCUUAUAGCUCUGUCUUGCUUUUCAAUAAACAUUUUGUAGGAUUUGCAA